AUGUCAGGGCAGCUCAGCCCAGGCUACGCCAAGCUGCUGUUCCCAGGCGCCACCCGCACCGACAACCUAAACUUGAGAUCAAGCAAUGAUGCCGUGUCGUCCGAGGUGGCUCGUGGCCUGCCCACUCCCGUGCGGCUCGGGUGGGCGAGUGCCUCACCUUCGCCCAGCUCCGUGCGGCGCCCCCCCGACGGCAUCCUCGUGGGCUGGGUGCCCCAGGGUGCCUUGUGGGCUGCUCCGCGGCGCGCUCACGAGGAGCUCUCGCUGCCAUUGGUCUCCUCCUCCUCCUCCUCCUCCGCCUCCUCGUCCUACUCCUGCUCCUCCUCCUCCUCCUCCUCCUCCUCCUCCUCCUCUGGGCAUGUGUGUGUGCGUGCGUCGAUGGUUGGAGCACGAGCCGUCCGCCGGCACGCCGGGCUCCGCCAGCUCGGCGCCUGCGCCAGAUGGCUGACAGUACAUUAUCGGCCUGGUGGGGUGAAGUCGGCGUCACCCCAACAUAAUUACUAA